GAGAGAGGAGAGAGAGAGAGAGCGAGAGAGAGAGAGAGUCGAUGGUUUGUAGAUCUGGGCUCUGCGUCACAGACACGCACUCAUUCCACCGCACGCGACGCGAUCAUCACAACAGCGAGACACCCGGAAGGUUCAAACGCGCGGCCAGCAGCUCAGCAUGAAUCGCUUCAAGACGUCCAAAUACAAGAACACCACUCCCAAAAUCCCCAAGAAAGAUGGCUGGAUUGCAAACGUGCGAGGAGGUUCCUUCUCUUCUCAGGGCAAGCACAUGAAGUCCAGCUGCAGCCUCGUGGCCUUCAACACAGAUCAGGCUGGAGGUGGGAUGGUCGGUCUGUCUUCUGUGAACGCCGCUUCUGACGGGAAGUGGAUCGUGACCCAGAUUUCAUGCCAUGCUGACCUCGUGACCGACCUGGACUUCUCGCCAUUUGACGACUAUCUGCUGGCGACCUGCUCGGCUGAUGAGACGGUGAAGCUGUGGCGCGUGUGUGAUCUGGAUCAGGAUCAGCCCAGUAACGCCGAGGUCACUCUGAGCGCGGCAGACGGCCGUCUGGAGAUCGUCCUCUUCCACCCCGCGGCCUCAGGGCUGCUCGCCGUGGCGUCUGCGAGGGGCGUUCAGGUGUGGGACGUCACACGGGACACCGCCCUGACAGGUAAACACACACCUUCUGUGUUCAUACCUAUAACCAUCACUGCCUUAAACACCAGAUCUUGUCUUCAAUUACUUUACUUUAAGUGUUCACUUAAGCCCUAUUCAGACGCUAAUUGUUUUUCAUCUCUGCUCUUCAUUAAGGAGCUGUUGUGUCGCAGCCUGUUCUCAUUAGCGCUCGUUUCCGCUCUCUGUCCUGAUUGGCUGUGUUUGAGAGUGACGGGGUCGUCUGAUGGUCACUGUGUGACUGAACUGAUUUUGACGAGUCACCUUACAGUCAUUGAUCAGCCAUCAUUCUUCUCUAAUGUUGCCUUAACUGUAUUAUUAAUAAUAAAAAUGUGUUUCUUUGUGCUUAUAUUUCUCAUGCUGUUUUUGUUUCUUCAGGACAAGAAGCUGCGUCUCUUCGACCCUCGGGCCCAGCCUUCAGCGGUUCAGUGUGUCCAGGGUCAUCAGGGUAAUAGAGACUCUCGUGUCCUUUGGGUCAAAGAUGACAACUUACUCACUACUGGCUUUAACCAGAUGAGGCAGCAGGAAGUGAGACUCUGGGACAGCAGGAAGUUGAGCUCAUCUCUUAGCUCGCUGUCUUUGGCCACCUCCAAUGCGACUCUGAUGCCUCUAUUUGAUCCAGACUCCGGACUUCUUAUUGUGUCUGGGAAUGGUGAGAGUGUGAUCGACUGUUUCGAGGUGAACAGCAGUGAGCCCUUCCUGUCUCAAGUGAGUCACUGUUUGACGGACGUGUCGACUCGUGGCGUGGCUCUGGUGCCGAAGCUCGCUCUGGACGUCAGCUGCUGUGAGGUUUUGCGUCUGAUGCAGCUCUCUGAUAACUUCAUAGUGCCCAUCAGCUACCAGGUGCCUCGCAAGGCAGGACAGGACUUCCAUGCGGACUUGUAUCCAGACACUGUGGGUCACACUCCGGCCGUGACGGCAGAGGACUGGUGGAAAGGAGAGAACAAACAGGUGGAGCGAGUCAGUCUUCACCCGAGCAAGAGGCCUAAACCAGCCGCUCCGUCAGCUCAGGAGACAAAACCAAAGGAUCUUCCUCGUGACAAGAGCAAAGAGGCCUCAACCUCCAGCAGUCCCCUCAGCACCCCCAGCAGCAGUGCUGCCCCGUCCCGCUCCCCGUCCUCCACCAGCGGCCUGUCGUCCGGCUUCCUGCCGAGCCCCAGCCCCAGCCAGAGCUCCCGCGCCAUCCACAGCAUGCUCGGCCCGAGCUCCAAGUUUCGUCACAUCCAGGGAGCCGUCUUGCACCGGGACACUCACAUCACCAACCUGCGCGGGCUUCAUCUGACCACACCAGGAGAGUGUGACGGCUUCUGUGCCAACGGCCAGCGUGUGGCAGUGCCUCUCGCCAUCGCUGGAGGGCAGAUCGCUGUGUUUGAGCUGUCCCAGCCUGGAAAACUGCCGGACACCGCCCUGCCCACCAUCCAGAACUCCGUCAAUGUGGCCGACUUCUGCUGGGACCCCUUUGACACACACAAGCUGGUUGUGGCCGGUGAUGAUGCCAAGAUCCGUGUGUGGCAGAUUCCCAAAGGAGGCCUGACCGAAACCCUGACUGAGCCGGAGCGUGUUCUGCGUGGACACACAGAGAAGAUUUACUCCAUCAAGUUCCACCCCCACGCGUCCGGCCUGCUGGCGUCCUCCUCCUACGACCUCACAGUGAGACUGUGGAACCUGGAGACAGGAGAGGAAGUCAAACGACUCAGCGGACAUCAGGACCAGAUAUUUGGCAUGGCUUGGAGUCCAGACGGGAAAUUGCUGGCCACUGUGUGUAAGGACGGAAAAGUGCGACUCUAUGACCCACGCAAGUCCACCUUGCCCAUCCAGGAGGGCCCAGGACCUGAGGGCCAGAGAGGGGCCCGUGUAGUGUGGGUUUGUGACGGCAAGUACCUGCUGGUUUCAGGAUUCGACAGCCGCAGUGAAAGGCAGCUGUACCUGUUCUCCGCUGAGUCCUUGGCAUCCGGGUCUGUUGCUUCAGCGCCUGCUGAUGUGUCUCCCUCGACCCUUAUCCCAUUCUACGAUCCCGACACCAGCGUCCUCAUCCUAACUGGGAAGGGUGACACACGUGUUUAUAUAUACGAGAUCGUGCCUGAAGCGCCGUACUUUAUGGAAUGUAGUAGUUUUCAUUCCUCUGAACCACACAAGGGGUUGUGUUUCCUGCCAAAGGCUGAAUGUGAUGUGCGUGAUGUGGAAGUGGCUCGAGCCAUCCGACUUGGCAAGACCACUAUUGAACCCGUGGCCUUCAGAGUGCCUCGUGUCAAAAAAGAGUUUUUCCAGGAUGAUGUUUUCCCGGAGACUGCAGUGUGGUGGGAUGCAUCUCUGACCGCUGCUGCCUGGCUCUCUGGAUCCAACGGACAGCACCGCAAAAUCAGCCUGCGGCCCAAUGACAUGACACCUGUGAGUGAAGCACCAAAAGAGGCUCCUGUUAGGAAGUACCUGCCCUCCUCUGUCUACCUGGAGGAAAAAACUGAUGAACAGAAGAAAGAGGAGUUGCUCAGUGCCAUGGUGGCGAAGCUGGGAAACAGGGAAGACCCUCUGCCACAGGAGUCAUAUGAGGGGGUGGAUGAAGACGAGUGGGAUGACUAACACACAAGCCUUGCCUCGCGGUCCAGUCAGGGUGCCAGCAGCAGACAUGGGACGUGCCUGCUGUAUUUGAAUCUUGCCAUUCCAGGGUGCCAAUGUACCUCUGAACCUCCGAAACACUCCUCAUCCCGUCGGCUUCAGCUCCGUACAACCUGCUGAAUCACUCACUCACUCCUCCAUCCGUCUUCUAGAUAAUCCACCCGUCAUCUCUCUGCAUUGGUCUAACUGGAGUAUUAACAUCUGUUAUUAGCAGUUAAAAUGAUUCUUCACAGAUUAACACAUUCCUAUGCAUAGCUCAGACGUUCAUCUCAGAUGCAUGACGCACAUUUACAGUAUGACAGUUUUAAUGAUGGUCAUCAGUAUUGUACUGCUGUAAUUGACUGUAUAAUGACUGCAUGAUAGCACAUGCCUUCCUCAAUCUGUAACACAAAACCUCUCUAGAUAUUUUCAUUGGUGAAAUGUGCAUUUAAUAAAAUCAUAUGACUGUUGAAAUGGUUAAAUGUACAUUUUACAUUGAUGUCGUGGUAAUUUGUUGGAUUAAAUGUCACCUCCUUUGGGUCCUUUGCAGUGUUAGUUAUCCUUUAAUAAGUCUUGAGCAAAAAUGUCUGUGUACCUCUAAAUGAAUGAUCUGGAGACUGUUGAAAACAAUCCUUUUUAGACUUUUUUGUAUAUUUCCUUCUGCUCAACCUCAUCAACAGUAUUAACACAAAUCUACUUCACAAGAGUAGUUUCUCCAAUAAUCAGGUCUAUCACAAGGCAAUACAACUAAUUUUGUUUUUUAACAGAACAUGUUUACAUAUGCCAGGUAAGGAAUUGUGCAUGUUUUGGCACUUGUACCAUGUGAUGUCCUGUGCUUGACAUGUGAUCGUGUAAUCACACAUAAAUGGUAGAUGUUAAUAGAUAUGGUAAUGGUCUGGGUCAGUAAAGUGUUUUUUAAAUGUGAGCUCAUUUUGUUACCAAUCUGAUGUUCUUGGGAUGCUUUUUCACAGCAUUUGUAAUCACGUUCAUUUUAAUACUUUAUAGGCAAUAAUGUUUUUCACUCCUCUUUUGAAUGGAAUUAGUAUUGUUGGAAUGUUGCCUCAAAAUAAAACCUUGAGAGCUAAGAAAUAUG